UGCUAGACUGACCCGGCUCGGUUUCAGUUUGUCACGGGCCAUGCCCGGAUCGGUUAGGCUUUGGCCUUAUCGGAUUUCAUUAGAUUUCCACCUUGUUUCUUCGCCCACUGCUCUGCCCCCUCACCCCCUUCGGUGAUCCACUCUCAGGUUUCAAGCAUGGGCGAAAAGAAGGGUGUCGACAUGGAGGAGGGAUCACUGGAGAUUGGCAUGGAGUACAGGACAGUCUCUGGAGUGGCAGGACCGCUAGUUAUCUUGGAUAAAGUGAAGGGUCCCAAGUACCAGGAGAUUGUCAAUAUUCGACUAGGAGAUGGCACUAUUCGACGUGGUCAGGUCCUGGAAGUUGAUGGUGAGAAGGCUGUUGUGCAGGUUUUCGAAGGAACUUCAGGAAUUGACAACAAAUACACCACUGUUCAAUUCACUGGGGAGGUUCUAAAGACCCCUGUAUCUCUUGAUAUGCUUGGACGCAUUUUUAAUGGUUCUGGAAAGCCUAUAGAUAAUGGCCCUCCUAUUUUGCCAGAGGCUUAUUUGGAUAUUUCUGGAAGUUCCAUCAAUCCCAGUGAAAGAACAUAUCCUGAAGAAAUGAUCCAAACAGGAAUAUCAACCAUUGAUGUUAUGAAUUCUAUUGCUAGAGGACAGAAGAUCCCCCUCUUUUCUGCUGCUGGUCUCCCACACAAUGAAAUAGCUGCUCAAAUCUGUCGUCAGGCUGGUCUUGUGAAGCGUCUAGAAAAAACUGACAACCUUUUGGAGCAUGGUGAAGAAGAUAACUUCGCUAUUGUAUUUGCUGCGAUGGGAGUCAAUAUGGAAACUGCACAAUUUUUCAAGCGUGACUUCGAAGAGAACGGUUCUAUGGAAAGAGUAACACUCUUUCUAAAUUUGGCCAAUGACCCCACUAUUGAGCGUAUUAUCACUCCACGAAUUGCUCUUACAACAGCUGAAUAUUUAGCUUAUGAGUGUGGGAAGCACGUGCUUGUCAUCUUAACUGACAUGAGCUCAUAUGCAGAUGCUCUUCGUGAGGUAUCAGCAGCUCGAGAGGAGGUGCCAGGUAGACGUGGCUAUCCUGGGUAUAUGUAUACUGAUCUGGCAACUAUAUAUGAGCGAGCUGGACGUAUAGAAGGAAGAAAAGGCUCUAUUACACAGAUACCCAUCUUAACCAUGCCAAAUGAUGAUAUAACACAUCCUACUCCUGAUCUUACUGGUUAUAUCACUGAAGGUCAAAUAUAUAUUGAUAGGCAGCUCCAUAAUCGUCAGAUAUAUCCUCCAAUCAACGUUCUCCCUUCUUUAUCUCGGUUGAUGAAAAGUGCUAUUGGUGAGGGCAUGACUCGUCGUGAUCAUGCGGAUGUUUCUAACCAGCUCUAUGCGAACUAUGCCAUUGGAAAGGAUGUGCAAGCAAUGAAAGCAGUGGUGGGAGAGGAGGCUCUCUCAUCUGAGGACUUGCUCUACCUGGAGUUCCUGGACAAGUUCGAAAGGAAAUUCGUUUCACAAGGGGCCUACGACACCCGUAACAUCUUCCAAUCCCUUGAUCUCGCAUGGACUCUACUACGCAUUUUUCCUCGCGAGCUUCUCCACCGUAUUCCUGCAAAGACCUUAGAUCAGUAUUACAGCAGAGAGGCGGCACACUAAUUUCCUUUCACAACUUCAAAUUUGACGAAUGUCUGCAUGAAUAAGUUGCUGGUGUACUAAAGCUCAGAAACUCAGGCUGUUUUUCCUCCAUUUUUUUGUUUGCAUAUCUUGAUUGUUCUUUUUGCUCGCAUUAUUAAUCUGAUUGCCUGCGCACCUUUUGUAAAAAUAUGUUCUCAUGCACCACUCCAUUCUGCUUAAAGCGGAGAGCUUUAUACUGAUUGUAUGGCGGCGUCAUCUUGAUGCUUAUUUAUAUAUAUAUAUAUAUAUAAAUAUUAUUAGCUA